ACGAAGGAAGAACGCCUGGAGUUUGUGAGAAAAGUUUAUUUCACUCUGACGCUUAUGUUGUUGGCGGAUGUCGGAAUCAUAUGUUGCGCUCUGUUUAUCCCCGGAGCGAGAGCAUUCUUUCAAAGACAUUUGAUCAUAUACAUAUGCAGCUACAUCUUCUUUUUUAUCAUUUACAUAUCGCUUGUUUGUUGCCGAGUUGUUCGGCACACAUUUCCUUACAACUACAUCAUGGUGGCUCUACUAGCAAUUAGCAUGGGGUUCAUGCUCGCGUGUAUUGCGUCGUUCCACUCCAUCGACGAACUUCUGAUAGCUGCGGCGGGCACCAUGUUGGUCACCCUGGCGGUCACACUGAUCGCUCUUUGCGGCACCUUUGACAUAACGGGCUACGGAUUCUACCUCGUCAUCGCGAGUCUCGUGUUGAUG